AUGGCGAAGAACGCGAAAAACCGAAAAAAUACACCGGUCGAGAGUGACGAAGUACAAGAUUCCGCCGCGGGUGUUUCGAUAGGUGAACAAAUAAGCCGACAAAAACAAAAAGAAGAACGCAGAAAAAUCGAAGAAGAAUUAAGAGUGUUGUUAUUGAAAAAAGAAUCGACUAAAAUGAGGUUAAUUCGUGUGCAAGGCGCUCUCGAAGCGAGUCCCGAGAAUGCAGAAAACAAACAUUUCCUUCACCUGCAGCAGAAACUUCUGGAGACGGCAUACGCGGAUUACAACUACUUCCAGAAUCAACUGUAUGAGAUUUCCAUUCCGGAUGAAGUGCGAUGUGAAGAAGAGAUGAAGUUCAUUGAAUUCGAAGCGCUUUACAGCAGAAUCUUCGUGAAGCUUACGACGCUUUUGGAAGUGGCGGUCAAGGCAGAAGCUGCACCGGUUGCGAAUCAGCAGGGUUGUUUGCCGUAUGUCCCACCGUUAAAAGCUCCAUUGCCGACGUUUGAUGGUAACUAUGAAAACUGGUUCGCCUUCAAGAACAUGUUCGAAAAUGUGAUGGGUAGAUACCAGCAUGAGUCGCCAGCGAUCAAGCUCUAUCACCUACGGAAUGCUUUAAUAGGAUCGGCAGCAGGAGUCAUUGAUCAAGAUAUUAUAAAUAAUAAUGACUACCAGGCGGCUUGGGACACAUUGCGUGAGAGGUACGAGGAUAAUCAGGUAAUUAUCGACAAGCACAUUGAUGCAAUAUUCAACCUGCCUUCGAUGAAUAAGGAUAGCGCAGUAGGUUUGCGGAAGAUCAUCGACACCUGCUCUAAGAACGUCGACGGUUUGAAGAAUUUGCAAUUGCCUGUAGACGGUUUAGGAGAGAUGAUGUUGUUGAACGUGCUGUCGAAAAAGAUGGACUUGGAAACACGCAAAGCAUGGGAAUUGAACAAGGGACAUGAAGAUCUGCAGGAUUACGACUCGACCAUGGAGUUUCUAAAGGAACGGUGCCGAGUAUACGAGAAAAUAAGUCGAUGCAGUAAGACAACUGCGGAAGCGGUGAAAUCUGUGCGGACUACUGGGAAAGCCGAAUCGAGAGUCCAAAGUUUGGUGGCAACUUCAGGAAAGUGCUCGCAUUGCAAAUCUGACCAUGAGCUGUGGAAGUGUGAGCAGUUUAAAAAGGCAAGCCUUAGUGACAAUUAUCUGCCGCUUCGUAAAAGUGGAUCUUGCUUCAACUGUCUGGAAAAAGGUCACGUCACGUCACGAUGUUCAUCCGAGCAUUCGUGUAAGGUGUGCAGCAGUCGGCACCACACAUAUUUGCAUAAAGAUCACUCGUUAAAGGAAACGCAUUCGUUGAAGCCUACUAGUGCUGCGAAGAAGGAGGUUCCGGAAUCACUUGCUGAAUCUACUACCACUUCGAGUCAAUCAACGGAAGGGAACGUAGGUGGAACGGUGCUUUGCACGAGCGUCAAAACUUAA